AUGGACUCACAUGGAGAAGAGGACCUUGGGCGCACGGCGGAGGCCCUGUGUUUAGAGGUCAGACCUCUGCAGAGGGCCAAACUUGGAGCCAGACUAGCCCACAGGAAGACGUUCAGUCUGGACAAUACGAACGCCCAUCGGGAGGUUCAUCACAGGGGGCGAAACUCCCCACGAGGAUACUCUGAUCUACACUUUCCAGACAGUGAUUCCCAGGCGGGGCGUAUGCUGAGGUCCACAGCCAGCCAGCAGGCCUCCACUUCACCAUGCCACAGGAUCAGCCCUCCUCCUUAUAGCAGGGCUGUGAUGCUUCCGAGGAGGUCUGAUCUGGAACCUGUUAGGUUGGAUAUUAUCAGAGGCUCACGCAUCUCUCGCGAGGAUCAGGAAGCGGGCGGCUCCUUCAACCGCAGAGCUCCUCUGAUGUCUCUCAGCAGCUCCGAGGAGGAACAGGAGGCUGGAGAACAGGCUGGCAGAGCUCCAGCAGGGCUCAGCAUGGCUUCUUCCCUGCUUACACCCACUCCCACUGGGGAACGAAGGCUGGGUAAGAGAGAGAGGAAGCGACUGAAGAGCCUGAGGAGGAGACAGAGGAGGAGAGAGCGCUGCAGACAGAGCCAGCAGCAGGAGAACGUGCAGAGCUCUACAGGGAACCCAUCUAGCAGCAGUGAGGACGAGGAGCUGCCCGGCCGGGAUCGUGAAGGCUAUAUCUGUGCUGUGUGUCUGGAUGUCUACUUCAGUCCGUACAUGUGCCAUCCCUGCAGCCACGUCUUCUGUGAGCCUUGCCUGCGGACGCUGGCCAAGAACUGCCCCACAAACACGCCCUGUCCAUUGUGCAGAACCACAAUAACACACGUCUUCUUCCAGAAAGAACUGAACCAUACAGCCCGUACGUUCUUCCCAAAGGAAUACCUGUCUCGGAAGCAGAAUUUCCAGAAAGCGAGCUGUGCAAAAUGGCCUCUUCCUAGCUGCCGUAAACUGUUUCGAAUUUUUGGAGGCUUUCAAAGGCAGGCCAGUCCAGUGGGCAGACGGCAGUUCCCUCACGGGGGCUACCGGCUUGACGCCUUUAACUUUGAGGAUGAUUCGCAUGGCUGGCGAUUUGACAUGGACAUGGUGAUCAUUUAUAUAUACUCCGUCAACUGGGUCAUUGGCUUCAUUAUCUUCUGCUUCUUCUGCUACUUCUUCUUCCUCUCUUUUUGAAGAGAAGGCACAGUAAAGCUAUCUGCGGUAUUUCGGAUCUUUUAGGACAAUGCAAAAGUCGACAAAAAAAGGGAAUCGCACGCUGCGGCUGUUUCUGGACUAUGUGUAGGAAACACAGAGAGAAAUGAAUUCAUGUAGCUAAAAUUUCAGAGCGUGAUGAUCUGUUUACUGUAAAGAUGAAUCAUGUUUUUUUUUUUUGAGUUUGCGGUUUGCCUAAUGUCUGUUUGCUUUUAAACAGAGUUUUUGGCCGACUGCGUGGAAAAGCUUAGCAUGGAUAUUUACACAAGCGGACUGUUCCUUUCACUACAAGUUGUGUUCACAUGCCGUGUUUUCAUGUGAAUAAACUUGUAAAUGUUCUUCUCUAGAGGUUUGUACUGUAAACUAUCCAUAAAGCUUUUGAAGCUUCAGCUUCUGAACUGUUUAUCAAAUAUGCUGAGAAUGAGAACAUCUCAUCUGUUUUUAAUCUCAUCUGCUUUCUUGCUUGCUUUUACAGUGUUUGUAAAUUUGCCAUAAAGAUUAUUUGUCUAUUCUGACUGACCUAAUACUUAGUUUGUUGUCUUAGACU